CUGGCGCGGUGGGCCAGGGGCUUCGGCUAGUCAUGGCGUCCCCGUCUCGGAGGCUGCAGACCAAACCGGUGAUCACUUGUUUCAAGAGCGUCCUCUUGAUCUACACAUUCAUCUUCUGGAUCACCGGUGUAAUCCUUCUUGCCGUUGGCAUUUGGGGCAAGGUGAGCCUAGAGAAUUAUUUUUCCCUUUUAAAUGAGAAGGCCACCAAUGUCCCCUUCGUGCUCAUUGGCACCGGCACUGUCAUCAUUCUAUUGGGCACCUUCGGUUGUUUUGCUACCUGCCGAGCUUCUGCAUGGAUGCUAAAACUGUAUGCAAUGUUUCUGACUCUUAUUUUUUUGGUCGAACUGGUCGCUGCCAUCGUAGGAUUUGUUUUCAGACAUGAGAUUAAGAACAGCUUUAAGAAUAAUUAUGAGAAAGCGUUAAAACAAUAUAAUGCUACGGGAGAUUAUAGAAGCGAUGCAGUAGACAAGAUCCAAAAUACAUUGCAUUGUUGUGGUGUCACCGACUAUAGAGAUUGGAAGGAUACUAAUUAUUAUUCAGAGAAAGGAUUUCCCAAGAGCUGCUGUAAACUUGAAGGUUGUUCUCCUCAGAGAGAUGCAGAUAAAGUAAACAAUGAAGGUUGUUUUAUAAAAGUGAUGACCAUUAUAGAGUCAGAAAUGGGCGUUGUUGCGGGAAUUUCCUUUGGAGUUGCUUGCUUCCAGCUGAUCGGAAUCUUUCUAGCCUACUGCCUCUCUCGUGCCAUAACAAAUAACCAGUAUGAGAUAGUGUAACAUGGGCCUAUUCCUCUCCAACUUUAAGGAUAUUAACAUACCUAUACCCCACCCUGUGAAUUACAAGAUUGCCUGGAUGGAAGACCUGCAUUACUUACCAAUAGGUUGAAAAACUACAUCAAUAGUCUGAUUCGAUCAAGACAUUUGCUUGAUAUGUUCGAAGUCCACCUUUUGUCCCAUUCAUGUUAGAUCAUCGAAAUCCCCAUAUCACCCCGAAACACUGGAAGAGCUUAGUAAAUUGUAAAUGAAGCAA